AUGAAAGAAGGAAUUGAAAAAAUUAAAGUUUUAAUUAUUGGUGGCGGUUUAGGUGGAUUAGUAUUAGCAAAUAUAUUAAAAAGAGAAAAUAUUAAAUUUAAAAUAUUUGAAAGAGAUACAAGUGAAAAAUCAAGAAUUCAAGGUUAUUUAAUUGGAUUAAAUAAGAUUGGUAUUGAAUCAUUAAAAUCAUCAUUAUGUGAAGAGAAAUUUGAAAAAAUUAAACAAUUAUUUAAAGAUGGUGAAUUUGCAGUUGCAGAUCGUAACCUUGAAAUUUUAUUAAAAUUUAAAUCUGGUGGAACUGUAAAUCGUUCAGAAUUAAGAUCAAUUUUAAUGGAAGGUAUUGAUGUUGAGUUUGGUAAAAGAUUACAAUCAUAUAUAGAGGAUGAUGUAAAUGGUGAAGUGAUAGCAACAUUUGAAGAUGGUACAAUUGAAAAAGGUGAAAUUUUAAUUGGUGCUGAUGGUGUAAGAUCAUGUGUACGUGAUUUUAAAUUACCAAAUUUUAAAUUUGCAGAUGUAAAUGUAUUUAGAAUUCAAGCAUUGGUACCAAAUGUAACAAAUGAUAUUUUAGAUGUAAUCUUUCAGGGUGAUGAAAAUUCAACAAUUUUGAAAACUUUGGGUAAUUUUAGAAAUACUAUUAUUUUUGGUAGAACAAAGAAUAUUCAACAUGCAAUUAGUUUAGGUAUUGAAGAUGUUGAUAAUAUUGAACGAGUUAUUGAGGAGAAUCAACAUCAUACAGAGAUUCUAUUGAUAAGCUAUGAAUGGAGACCAAAGGAUGUUACAAAUGAUCCAAUUCCAACGACUCGCCAAGAUUUAUUAAAUUUAAUUAGGCGUGAUACUAAAAAUUAUCAUCCAAUGGUAUUAAAGUUAUUAAAUGAUUAUCUUGGACCUCAACAUUUACUAGACUCACAUGCAACUCCUCUAACUCAAGCAUCACCAAUUUUAAAUUUUAAAACUUCAAGAGUAACCCUACUCGGUGAUAGUGUUCAUGCAAUGACUUCUCAUGCUGGUAUGGGUGGUAAUACUGCAAUUAAAGAUGCAUUGGAGCUUGGUAAUGCAUUAACAAAAAUAUUUAUCAAUGGUUUACCAAUUAUAGAAUCAUUAUCAUCCUAUGAAAAUGAAAUGUUAUCAAGAGGUUUCAAAGCUGUUGGUUUUAGUAGAAGUAGUACUGAAAGAAUGCAUGCCAAUGAAGUUGGUUGGUUUGGUGAAAAAUUUAGAAAUACUUUUAUGAAAUUAUUUUAUCAAUUAAUUGUUUUAGGUAUUAUAAAACUAGAUUAA